CUCUCUGUGAAUCUUGGGGAUUUAACGUCGGGGAUAUUAUCAAUUCAAUUAGGUUAAAUGCACAAGAAUUAUCAGAAAUGGCAUUGGCAACUAUAGAUGUAUUAUUCGAAUCAUCAAAGAGUCAGCAAUCCUGGAAGGACAAAAAUGUCAUUAUUACGGCAGUGCACAUUUUAGGAAAAGUUUUGAUGCUAGUUGGAUCGCCUGUCCACGUCACUGGCGUAUCAUCUGACGUUGUUCGUUUGGCUGACUGUUUUCUAAAUAUUUUCUUUAGGGUAUGCAAUCCAAAUAUUGAAGCAAUGCUAGAUCUAGGUGACAGCACGACUGAUGGAUAUGAUUAUGUUGACUUGGCCGAGCGAUUUAAAACACUUAAUAUAUUUCUUAAUGAGCAAGAAUUGACAGAAAACUUCGAUGAACCCGAUUUAAGUGACUUUAUUGCAAAUAUUGAUAUUUAUAUUGGAAUUGACGAGAUUGGAAUAGUCCAAAAUCGUAUUAAAGAGAUGAUGUAUGGACCAAGAGAUCAAUCUCAACCUUAUUUGAACUAUCUGAAAGUAUUUUUGAGAAUGUGCACAUUCCGUCAUGUACUUUUGUUAAGAGUAAUGAAUUGCCUAAUAGCGAGACAAUAUUCUCUUCGUACAGUAGAUACGUUAAGAAACUUCAUCGAAAAAGAAAGAGUUGAUAACCGUUGUUUUCUGAAGUUUUUCUCUCUGCCGAAUCUAGAAAGCACAGAAAUUGUAGCUGAAUUUGAACCAUCAGAGCACACAGAAUUGGCAGCAUAUCUUAGGGAAGUGCGACUGCCUUUUCAGGAUUUGAGAGAAAUACUUCACGACCGAAUUUUCUUGAUCCAAUCUUUUGUAAAUCCUUUUGUCUUUCUGGCUAGACAAAAUUCAAUUUUCAGCAACGCUGUAACAUUGACAUUUACUAAAAGAGUACUCUCCACUGACAACAACCAAUUUAAAUUCAUUGCUAAAGAUAACUCCUUCAAUCUUUUCUACAUCCAAUCCCCAAAUUCAGACAAAUGCGUGUAUAUUGAGGGAAACACAAUCAAACAGGGACAGGAAGCAAUGCACAGGGCUGCUCAGUGGAGAGUUUUACAGGUUUACAGAUCAGAUGGUGGCGACAAAACAGCGUCUUGUUUCGUUAUUUGUGCAAAACAAAGACCAAGUAGAUUCGUUUAUCUGAAAAAAGACAGAAAGUGUCUUGUAAAUCAUUCUAAACCAAACGAUCAGUGCUUAUUUGUACUGAUACCAAUUGGAGAAUCACCAAUACUAGUCUCAAGACCUAUGGAAAGGAAUCUUACCGAUGAAUUACAGGAAAUGCCUUCUUUCACACAGAUGAAAUCACGAAAUGUCCAAAUCAGGAUUACAAACUUUAGAAAGAUCAAGGAUUUUUUGCAAAAGGAACAUGCGAUGAUUGCAAAUGAUAUUGACCAAAUUGAAAAAUACAUUUCAUAUGAAGGAAUUGAAGAGCUAAUUAUGUUGAACCCUUUACUGGAAAAAAUAGCCAAAACAGUAGAUUCAACAAAAGGUGACAACUUUGAUGAACAUACGAUGCAUGCAUUACAACAGAUGAUUUCGAUAUGUUGUCAAUAUUUUUUGGAUGAAUUUCCCUUUGGGUCAAUUUUAAGACAACUUUUGAGGUUGUGUGGAGUGUUAAUAAGUUGCAUAUGGCACGCACAUGGAAUUGAUAAACUCUUUUGCACUUUUCUUAGUGACAGUGACAAAUAUUAUCAAUUAGCUAUCCAAAAAGAUGUACGCUGUUUACAACGAGUUGCCUUUCUUUUGCACGAAAUUGAAAGAUGUGAAAAUAUACAGGAAAAACAUAUUUCCUACAUAAUGAACAAAGACAGGUUUUUGGUUGAAUUGAGAAGUCUAGCAUCGUUACGAGAAACUGCAAAAGCAACCCAUCACCCUCAGAUGAUGGUUACAAGUUUGAAAGUAAGCAUACUUCAACUAGCGGUCAUGUGGCAAAAGUUUGCUAUCACUCUAUACCCUGGUCAUAGUAAUAACUAUGCUAAAAAACUAAGGCAGAUCAUCCAAUCGGAAAUGACUGAAGACGUAUGUUUGAUGAAUAAGUUUAAUGAGAAAAGACAAUGCCAGAGAUGUACAAAAAUCGCUGUAGAUCUAUGGCUUGUUGAUGACUACGUUUCGUGUUUGGGGUGUGAUUUACCAAAAGACAGGGAAAGACGGACGAGAAGAAACCUAAAAAAGAUGUUUCUGGUGGUUGUCCCGUUACUUAAAAGAAUAUUCCAACGUAGUCCGGAGAGAUACACGCAACUCGAUAACCCAAAUUAAAAACCAAGAGAGGAAGACGCACUUUUCUCUCUAUUCUUCGAAUUCUGUUUAUUACAUGUGUGCCUAGGACAAAAUGUUAUUACAUGUUUACAGUUAGUAAAAGUAUACCGACUAGGGUGUAUUUUAGAUAGGGCUUUUAGUAAAAGUUCAAAGGUUGUUAUGGCAUCCAUUUAUCCUCCGGAUCCUUUAAUAUUUCAGAAUAGUAUACAAUAAGUCGUUUAGAUUCAAAUUUUUGACAAUGAUAAUGAUUUAUCUACUUUCAAGGCAUUUGCUUCAUCCGCGUCUGUAGAACAGUCGAUAUUUCUAGUAACUUCAAAUACACAAAAUCAAAUUGAAUUGCAGUGUCGUGUUCUGCAAUGUAUAUCAAUCGACUUUCUGUUUUACAGCAAGAAAGCCCUGUUUAUCAGUUGACCUUGACCAAUGAUAUUAUAUACAUAUAUUUUUUCCUUGUCGUCUAGGCGGACGUAAAUGUCCGGGAAGUUAAGCAAUUAAGCGUUCACAAGACUCUGUUUAUUUCUAUUGGGAUUGAAGUUUUUACGUUUGUACCGGUUUAUAAGAAUACCGUCAAUGUAAGGUAAACAUUAAGAUGCAUUGUCUUAAAAAUAAGUAUAUACCUUUUGGGGUUAUUCUAAAGGUACUUGAACCUUUAAUUUUUUUUUCAAAAAGCCUUAAUAAAAUAUAUCUUCCUUAAAAAGAUAAUUGUUAAAAGAUUCACUACUAUACAGUUAAACAGUAUAACCUAAUGUUAUAUAACAAGAAUAUUAAUACCAGAAUAGUGGUUCUUUUUUAAUAUUUGGUUGAUUAAGCCCAUUUACAUUUACGCCUAGUCUCAUUUGUUCCUUUUCAUAUGCCAAAUUUAUUUGAUUUUUUUAAUGGCGAUUUACUUUGUGCUUUCAAACGCAUAUCUGAAUAUAUAAUAAAUUCUUAGCCGUAUAGCAUGUGUGUGUGUGUGCGUGGGUGUG